AUGAACCCAGUAGGUUCUAUUUAUACAUCUGUGGAUGCAAGAGGUCCUCAAGUAAUGUUUGGUGUUGGUGCAUGGGAACAAAUAGUUGACAGGUUUUUGUAUUGUGCAAACUCUUCAAAGGAAACAGGGGGAAGUAAAACGAUUUCAGGUGAAAAUUUACCUGCACACAGUCACUACAUAGAUUUAAGUACAUCUCAAGCAGGUUGGCAUAAGCAUAGAUAUUGGGAUUGGUCAGGAAUGACAAAAGGUCAAGGAUAUGAUGUUAAAGAUGAUGUUAAGUUUGCUAUAAAUUGUUACUGGGAUGACACUCAGGGAGAAGGAAACCAUACACAUUUCGUUUCAGGAUAUACACAAACAACGGGACAAAGUAAAGAAUACAUGCCACCAUUUAUGACUGUAUUCGCAUGGUAUAGAGUUCAAUAA